AUGCUGUGGAUAUUUGUCUGUGUCGGGGUCUCUUCCUGCCUGCUGCCAACCGAUAAGGACGCCGUCCAAUCAAAACCACACUGUGAUAACAGACACAGGCUGGGGCCCGAGAGUGGCUUCCAAAGCUUGUUUGAGAACAAGACGGUGGAGAAGACCAUGAAGAACCCUGACUGCCUCUCAGUGGAGAGGAUCUACCAGAAGAAGACCCAGCUGGAAAAUGUUUUGCUGCGUCCAGACAUCUACAUUGGCUCUGUGGAGCCUGGUGCCAUUCAAUUGUGGGUGUUUGAUGAGGAUGUUGGAAUUAACUGUCGAGAUGUGACCCAGUGUCUCUACAAGAUAUUUGAAGAGAUCCUUGUAAAUGCUGCAGAUAACAAGCAAAGAGAUAAAACCAUGACCUGCAUCAAAGUCAACAUUGACGUGUGAAACAACACCAUCAGUGUUUGGAACAAUGGGAAAGGCAUCCCUGUGGUGGAGCACAAGGUGGAGAAGGUCUACGUGCCAGCGCUCAUCAUCGGACAGCUCCUCACCUCCAGUAACUAUGACGACGACCAGAAGAAGGUCACCGGCGGACGUAACGGAUAUGGUGCGAAGCUUUGCAAUAUCUUCAGCAACAAGUUCACAGUGGAGACAGCCUGCAAGGAGUCAAAGAAGACAUUCAAGCAGACGUGGUAUGACAACAUGGGGCGGGCCGGAGAGUCCAAGUUCAAGAUGCAGACCCUGGACAAGGACACCGUGGCCAUCAUGACCCGACGGGCAUACGACAUUGCCGGCACCACCAAGGGUGUCCGCGUGUUCCUCAAUGGGAAGAGGCUACCCGUGACAAGUUUCCGUAACUAUGUGGACCUGUACCUGAAGGACAAAGUGGACGAGCUGGGCUCUCCCCUCACCGUGGUCCACGAGGUGGUGAACGAGCGUUGGGAGGUGUGCCUCACCAUGAGUGAGAAGGGCUUCCAUCAAGUCAGCUUCGUCAACAGCAUUGCCACCACCAAGGGUGGGAGACAUGCUGACUACGUGGCAGACCAGGUGACCUCCAAGCUCAUCGAGGUGGUCAAGAAGAAGAACAAAGCUGGAGUGGUUGUCAAGCCUUUCCAGGUGAAGAACCACAUGUGGCUGUUUGUCAACUGCCUGAUCGAGAACCCCACCUUCGACUCCCAGACCAAGGAGAACAUGACCCUGCAGCAGAAGAGCUUCGGUUCCACCUGCCCCCUCUGUGACAAGUUUAUCAAACAGGCCAACUCCUGUGGGAUAGUGGAGAGCAUCAUGAACUGGGUGAAGUUCAAGGCCCAGACGCAGCUCAACAAGAAGUGCUCUGCCAUCAAGCACACCAAGAUCAAGGGCGUGCCAAAGAUGGAUGACGCCAAUGACGCAGGUGGUAAGAACUCCAAUGGCUGCACUCUCAUCCUGACUGAGGGAGAUUCGGCCAAGACGCUGGCCGUGUCUGGUCUGGGUGUGGUGGGCAGGGAUCGCUACGGAGUCUUCCCUCUCAAGGGGAAAAUGCUCAACGUGCGGGAGGCCUCGCACAAGCAGAUCAUGGAGAAUGCUGAGAUCAAUAACAUCAUCAAGAUCCUGGGGCUGCAGUACAGGAAGAACUACAGCGACCCAGAGUCCCUCAAGUCUCUGCGCUACGGCAAACUCAUGAUCAUGACCGAUGAGGUCCUGGACGGCUCCCACAUCAAGGGGUUGCUCAUCAAAUUCAUCCACCACAACUGGCCUUCGCUGUUCAUCAUCCCCAUCCCCAUCAUCAAGGAACAUGGUACAAAGCAUGAGCUGCCCUUUUACAGCAUCCCAGAGUUCAACGAGUGGAAGGACAAGCAGCCCAACAUCAAAUCUUGGAAAACAAAAUACUACAAAGGUAUGGGUACCAGCACUUCGAAGGAGGCUAAGGAGUACUUCUCCGACAUGCAGAGACGUCGCAUCCCCUUCAAAAAAGCAGGACCUGUUGACGACGAAGCAAUUACCCUGGUAACUUGACCAUUUACACUCAUUUGAGUGUACUACAUGACAAAACCAAACAAAGAUGUUUCUCAAUCAGCCAAUAUUUUGAUUGUCUGAAGAAUAUCUUUCAGUAUCAAUGAUUCUGUUAGAAGUAGUUUCUCCAUCUG